AUGCACCGCCUCAUCCAGCAAGUCCGAGAGCUAUGGAAUCCUGUCUACGCACCAGACGCGGAGGAGUGGGAGCCCAACUAUCAUGCCGAAGGCUGGACUGAAGCAGGAGCAUUCUCGUUGUGCAUCUACCAAAUUGCUUUCGACAUUGCUGAGCCUGAACGCACGGGUCCAUUAUGCCAAGCGGAAGAGAAUAACCAAGUAUUGUUCCGACCGGUGGAGUCCUUAGUACACGAUAUUCGCUCGCACAUGUCUGAGCUCAAACCAAAGCACAAGAUAAUACAGGAAUUGGCAUCAUUACAGGUAGCUAUCCAGCGUGUAGUUGACGAAGCUUUGCCCUCGAGAGCUGAUCCGAUCAGACUGCCGGAGGACUACGAAGCAUCGAGGCAUGUGACAAACCACAUCAGUGGUGCCGGUAUACCAUCAGAACUCGCAGGUACAGUUCUGAUUCAAUCUCCGUCGCUCGAUGAUGCUGAAAAUAUCUUGAAUCCAAACGCUGAUGACUGGAGAGCUUCGUACUUUGCUUCCGGGGUUCGAUCUACCGAUCACACGCCACAUGCUGGCUGGAAAAUGGGCGGCUGUACGCAGCAUAGAGACAUAUAUUAUGUGCUCUGUCAGGAAGCAAACGAGAAGGCAUCGCCACUGAAAUGGAAGAUCUUUGAUAAAAAUGAUGUUGACGUGGAUGUGUACGAAACCCUGGCACACUUCCUCGGAGAACAGGCCAAAUACAUCGAGCAAAGGCCAGGUGGACAUCAGCAAGAAAAGCUGCCUCUGGCGGAGAGAUAUCCACCGGAGGAGGGUACCUCGUUACUGUGA